UACAAAACAAAGACAAAAGAGUGGGGAUAGCGUUAAAAAAUGUAAAACGUCAUUUUGAUAUUUAAAUCGCACUGAAAAUCUUUAAAAUAGUGAAGACUAAAUUUUCUAAUCAAUUAUAUUUGAUACUGUAAAGUUUAGAGUAUAUAAACUAUUGUUUUCGUAAUGUCUGAGAACGGCGAUUAUGGUUUAUACCAAUCUAGGAAUUUAGAUCCUAAUGCUGGAGAUCCCGAACCCUUUGUGAAAAUAUUUCCUAAUGAUUCGCACAUAUCCCGUCCUAUGUCCAUUAUGUCCAAUCAUUCAAUUUCUACUGAAUACAAAAUAUCUUUCCCCCCUUCAAUGGAUACACAAAUUAGAAAGCUUCGGCUUUCCAUGGAGCCAUGGCGGGAAGUUAUCUUACAAAUUAAUAGUAUUCUUUUAUGGGAAAAGCAGUGGCAUUCAACAGCUCUUCUGGCAGGCACAAGUUUCCUUUUUACACUACUAUGGAUUUCUAAUCCAAAUGUCUUAACUGUUGUGUCAUUAAUUGGUCUUAUAGCUACAGUUUCUGAUUAUUUAUUACCUACAGUUUUGUCUGCUAUUUUUAAAUCAGAUACUUGGUCUCCAGAGAAGCAAAAACAAUAUGAGGAAAUUUGUACAAAUAUUGUUUUAUAUAAAACCAAGACAGAGUUACUUAUAUCUUCUUAUAGCAGAAUGAGAGUUACUAAUCCCAAAGUGUAUUUCAGCGUUACAAUUUUUGUAUUGUGCUUUUUGACAUGGCUUGGCGGGACAAUUGAUAAUUUGUUUUUAACUUUCCUUUUCAUAACAUUUCUUAUUAUGUUGCCUGGAAUGUUACAUCAUGGAAUGCUUGUAAGAUUUACUGACACUUUUACAAAAUUAUUUAAUGACUUAGUUGAAAAUGCAAAAUCGAAAGUGGUUCAAAAGAAGAUUCAGUGAUGCGUAUUGAGCUUCUAAGAAAGAUUGUAUAAGUUUUAUGUUUGAUUUUAAAGCAUUAAUACUAUUUAUUUAUAUUUUUUCUGUUUCUUUAGUCCAUUUUUAUUCUACCGUUCAUAUUAUAUAGAAAAUUACUGAUGUAAUAUGUGUAGUUCUUUAAUUAUGUUGUUUGUUCUAAUACAAAUUAUGAGGUGAUAUUUAUGGUUAGACUGAUAAUUAUAGUAUUUUAAGUAGUUUUGUACCAGUGUGUGAAUAAAAGAGAUUUUAUAACA